UUCAUCCGCUGACAAGGCGUUCUCUGUACCACCGCUCACUGUCUGUCUGUCCGUUACUCGGAGAGCUAUCGAAGAACCGGAAGUCCCUGAAGCUUAAGUCCAGGAAAUCAAGAGUUAUCCGGAAAUCAUCGCGCUACGCUUAUAUAUUUUAAUAUCAGGAUGAGGUGCAACACAGGAAUACUCGCCCUGGUCUGCCUGACUUCGGCCGCCCUGAUGUCCGGCGAGGCUGCCGCCCUUCCCCCGGCGCAGUGUAGUCCCGGUUUCCUCGACGAGGUCCCACCGAGGAUUCGCAAGGUCUGCGCGGCCCUCUCGACCAUCUACGAGCUCGGCUCCGCCAUGGAAACCUACCUCGACGAAAAAACGUACAACUCUGGCCCGGUUAUCCACGGAAACGUCCCCCUGCCUGACAGCGGAGUGAAACGUCAGGACGUCGACCACGUCUUCCUGCGUUUCGGGAGGCGACGCUAGGCGUCGGGAAGCCGCUGACCGCGCUUAUUCCUAAGACGGAAGACGACGCCCGCAGCAAAUCUCCCGACCCUCUAUUACCGGCAGAAAAUUUUUCAAACAAAUUUCAACAAGUCACAAUUAUUGUUCACGUCGUAAUUUCUUUGUCACGACGCGUUUCAAUGUCGAGAAUAUAACACUACUUAGCUUUUACGUCCAACAACACCACCCAGCAUCACAACACCGAUCGUUCAAUGAACGCGCGAAGAGAGAAAUAACGUCAAUUAUCAAAAUCUAAGGUUGAAGGUUGAAGCAACGCGAUAUAGGAGCAAAAGUUCGUUGACGAAUCUUUCAUCAGGUCCUAAAAUCAUCUUUUCCUGUGUACUUAUCUCUGGAACAUCCGCUGUAUGCAUUUUUUACGGCAGCACAAAAUAUAAGAUAAUUCUUCAACUGGCACGGCAAAAGCUGACGUGCCUCGUUACGUAUUUGCGUUUGCUCUUGAACAUUCGCGUCGUGACGAUCCUAGUCAGUAUUUACAUUUAAUUACACUCGCUGAACGAGCUAAUAAACCUGUCAAAUACCUACGUAACAUCGUAUCGUAUUCGAAAGUUCGUAUUGUUAUCUGCACCAACCACCUCGACACACGUACGUUAUCUAUUUUACAUAUACAAUUAACAAAUCAACCGCAGUAUUAUUAUACAUUAUACAAAUAAAUAUAUUAUAUACAUACAUAUAUAUAUAGACACAUAUAUAUAUGUAUUAAAGCUAUUUGACGUUUAAAUAAAAACCAGAAUCAAUC